AGACGGUUGCGUGAUAAAAACAAGCGAUGGCAACAUUGUUUAUGCCCCUCCGUGUAUUGCAGAGGCUUGUAGAUUAUAUAUUUUACUAAUUUUCCCGUUAACAGUCGGAAUCUAAUAUUUUAACUUCAAGAUCUGGAGCGGGUACCUAUGGCGGAGAGCGAUCAGGGAAAAUCUCCAAAUGCCAAUGCGCAGAAAAAGCUCGCCCAAAAACAUCUCCUUCAAAGUGAUGGUCUCUACCAGUAUAUUCUGGAAACAAGCGUUUAUCCCGGUGAAUCAGAAUGUUUGAAGGAACUCAGGGAACUCACUGCAAACCACCCACGCGGCCUUAUGGCCGUUCCCGCUGAUGAAGGUCAAUUUUUGAUGCUUCUAUUGAAAUUGAUAAAUGCCAAGAAGACUAUAGAGAUUGGCGUGUUUACAGGGUAUUCUCUGCUCUGCACAGCCCUUGCUUUGCCCCCUGAUGGAAAGAUCAUAGGCAUCGAUAUGAACAGAGAGUCAUAUGAUUUGGGAAGGCCUAUUAUUGAGAAUGCAGAAGUUGCCCACAAAAUUGAUUUCAGAGAGGGCCUUGCUUUGCCCAUUUUGGAUGAACUGGUACAAACUGAGGAGAUGCUAGACUCUUUUGAUUUUGCAUUUGUAGAUGCUGAUAAAGUUAAUGCUCUGAACUACCAUGAACGACUGUUGAGUUUGGUGAAGAUUGGAGGGCUCGUUUGUUAUGACAAUACACUGUGGUCUGGUAGCGUUGCUGAACCUCCUGAUGCAACAAUGUCUGAACUUGGGAGAAGCAUCAGACACUAUACAAUCGAACUGAACAAGGCACUUGCUGCUGACAAGCGUAUAGAGAUUAGCCUGCUACCUAUUGGUGAUGGGCUCACCUUAUGUAGGCGCAUUUCCUAGGAAAAUUAGUCUUCCACUAUCACAAUGGCUGUCCCAAGUUCUUGAAUAAAUGAUAUUUCAAAGAAGAAAAUUUCUUGAAGUUAUCAUACAUCUUUUUAUCAAUGUUCUAGAGCUUGUCUCUAUGUUUUUCUGUUUGGUUGUAGCAUAUCCUGUUGCCUUAACUAUGUUGAUAAUUUGUAUAUAGUCCAUAUUUUCAUUA